AUGGCUGGUUCACCUAGUACUAUGACUGGUUGUGUGGGCAAUAUGGCUGGUUGUGCUGAUACUAUGGCUGGUUAUGCUGAUACUAUGACUGGGUGUGCUGGUACUACGACUGGUUGAGCUGGUACUACGUCUGGUUGAGCUGGUACUAUGUCUGGCUGAGCUGGUACUACGGCUAAUUGAGCUGGUAAUACGGCUGAUUGAGCUUGUAAUACGGCUGAUUGAGUCAUCAACUCUAAGAAGACUUAUAUAUAAGGUUAGAAAUUUUCAUUCAGUGUCAUUCUGUACAUGCAGUGGUAUAUUUUUCUGUGGAUCAUUCUGUCUUGCGAAUUUCAACAAAAGAUGUUGUCAUGGUCGACGAUGGCGGAGAAAUGAGGGAAAAAUCUUUUUGCCCUGGUCAAAUGUAGGAAGGAACGCUCUUACAGAAAAACAACGAAUUCGUAUACGCCACUACCAACGGCAAGAAUGUUUUGAACCCGCUGCACCCUUACCACCAGCACCACCAGAAUGGCGAGAACGGCGCACAGAACAGUUUGUACCUGCAGCAGCACCGCCACCACCACGGCGCCCGGAACGGCGCCCAGCAAGAUGGCCACCAUUACAAAAUGCUGAAAUUACCUCAACAACUCGGGCAAACGAAGCUCGUCCUGUGGAGGUGAUUGUCAUCAGCAAUUUUGAUAUCUGAUUCGUGAUUGCCGGUGUGAGCUCCGUAAAUUACGUGGGAUUUUUGCGUCUUUCUUUGGAUUUUUAACAGCAUUACGCUGCAGAAUUGUGAAUAAAGUUGUGUACGUGGAUAAUAUAAGGUAUUUUUACGAAUAUUCCAAACAGUUGCUGAAUAAUUGGUGCUUUUUCGUUGUUAUUUGCACCAAAUUUGGAUUUUAAGUUAUUUUUUCCUGAACGCGCAAGUGGAGGACCGUUGGCUGACGAGUACAAUCGAGAACGCCAUUGCGCGCGCUUUAAUUAAUUGAGCGUGUGCGUUGAAAAGAACAUUGAAUUAGAACAAAUUCGAACAAUUGAGUGAAAAUUCAAGAUGUUUUAACUAAAUUCAGCUACAUUAUUAUAUUUCUGUGGAUUAUUUUUCGACGUAAUCAAAUUACUGGAGAAAUACUGAAUGCUUCUUGUGCAAGAUCGAAAUUUGUCAAUUUGGAGUGUCCCAGUUUAGACAACGCGUAUGUUAUCACCAGUGUUUUGAAUAUAACGGACACAACUGAAAUUUUAUAUUCUUUUCUGUUACGUCGCGUUCUGAAAACUAAACGGCGCAGUCAACUGAAAGCUCCUUUACGUACAUCCCAAGUUAACUGGACUAAACAUGGACAAAUCUAUUUGUCGCCCCCGGAUUUUCACAAGAACAUCGAUCUUACUGUGUAUAUGGAUGUAGAGUCUAAUCCCGGUCCAGCUGAGUCUGAGAGUAAUUCCCAAUCAACCAAUAAAGUCAACACAGCAAAAACAUCGUCAAAUGAAGGUAACAUUACGAUUGCUCACCUAAAUAUCUGUUCCCUAAAGAACAAAGAGCACCACUUACUGGUAAAGGACUUUGUCCUGAAACAGAGAUUGGACAUUUUCAUAUCUCAGAAACUUGGUUGGACAACUCUAUCACUGAUAGUGAAAUUGAAUUUCCGGCAUAUGGUCUAUUUAGACUUGAUCGUGAUGGAAAGAGAGGAGGUGGUGUCUGUGCCUAUAUCAACCAAAGUUUCAAAUGUGAGACCGUGAAUGAACUAUCCUAUAUUGCGGACUCUGGCUUACAUCAGUUAUGGCUACAGAUACAAGUUAUGAACUUCAGAUCAUUUUUCGUAUGUACAGCUUACCGUCCACCUGGUACUAGUUUAUCUUGUUUUGAGAAUGAUUUCAGUGAAACCUUAACGUCAGCUUUGUCCUUUAACAAACCUAUCUACAUCCUGGGAGAUCUCAACUGCAAUGUCCUAGAUACGAAUGACCCGGGACACCGCUCUCUUUUAGAUUUCUGCACCUGUUUCAACCUGACACAGUUGGUUGAUAAACCCACCAGAAUUACUGAACAUUCCCGUACAUUGAUUGAUGUAAUCCUUACCUCUUCAAAGAAUAACAUCAAGCAAGUAAAAGUCAUCCCGAAUUCAAUAAGCAAUCAUGAUGUGGUUAUGUCAACCCUGACCCUGAAGAAGUGUCGUCCAAAGCCCGUCUAUGUCUCUGUCUGAAGUUUCAAGAAUUACAACCCAGAGGCCUUUUGUGAGGACAUAUAUAAUGCUCCAUGGUCCGUCAUUAACAACUUUGACGAAGUCAAUGACAGUGAUGAUGUGUUAUUUAAUGGGAUUCUUGAUCAACAUGCACCGGUCAGAAAAGUUAAAGUGAGAGUUCGUCCACAUCCCUUUGUUACAGAAGAGAUUCAAAAGCUGACGAGAACAAGAGAUUGUUGGAGAAAAAUACCUCGGAAAAUUGGUGAUCCUGUUGCGUGGUCUACUUACAGGGACUACAAACGGGAUGUUAAACGGAAAUUACGUCAAGCACAAAGAUCGUAUGUGGAGCAGGAAAUAAAGAAGCACCCAAAGGACACAGGCAAUAUGUGGAAAGUAAUUCGAACAUGUAUUCCCAAGAAAACUACAGGAAAGAAGUCAUUCAGUAAUGAUGAUAAAUCUGUCACAAAUAACUUUAACGAAUUUUUUACAGCUGUCGGUUCAAACACCGUCAUGAAAAUUAAAUCACUUGCUAAAGAAAAUAAUUACACUCCCUCCCAAUUACCAUUUGCCCCAACCAGUUACACCGAGUUAGAUCAGUUUACCUUUGAACCUGUGGAAUGUUCCUUAGUAGAAUAUAUUGUGAAGUCAAUGCCUGAUAAGAAGGCACCAGGAAUAGAUAAAGUACCUAUUCGCGUUAUCAAGGACUGUCUUCCCGUUAUUGCACCACGGAUUACAUCCAUCAUAAACAAAUCGUUAGUCAACAAUAUUUUUCCAAGUGCUUGGAAAAUUGCUGAAGUAAUCCCCAUUCUGAAAGAAGGUGAUCAUGAGCAUGCCGAUAACAACAGACCAAUUUCCCUCCUACCCGUUCUUUCUAAGGUAUGCGAGAGAGUAGCACUCAAUCAACUAACCUCCUACCUAACCAUCAAUCGUCGCCUCUCUGUGCAUCAGAGUGGCAACAAAACCUGGCACUCAACGGAAACCUCCCUCAUCCAUUCCACCGACUCCAUUCUCAAAGCAAUCAACCAGAAGAAAGUCACGGCAGUUAUUCUUUUGGACAUGAGUAAAGCUUUUGACAGCAUUAAUCACAAUAUACUUCUUGCUAAAUUGGAGGAUGUUGGCGUUUCAUCUUCAUGCCUGACUUGGUUUAGAAGUUAUCUGAGCGAAAGAUAUCAAGCAGUACGCAUAAAUUCUACUCUAUCUGAGAAAUUGCCAGUGGUUAGUGGUGUCCCACAAGGAAGUAUUCUCGGUCCGUUGCUGUUCAGUAUUUAUGUCAAUGAUCUACCGUCUGCCACUAAAACGUGUUCCUCUGAAUCGUAUGUUGACGAUACUAAACUCCUUCUGUCCUUCCAUAUCAAUGACUCUAAUGCUGCUCUGGUUGAUCUGAAUGAAGACUUAAUUAGAAUUCGAAAUUGGUGUUUCGACAACUUGCUCUUGCUCAACCCAGGCAAGACCAAAUUGAUGGUCUACGGAAGUCGUCAAAUGCUCGCAAGGCUACCUGAAUUUAGACUCUCACUACUCGGUAAAGAACUAACACCUGCUGCAACAGUCAAAGAUCUGGGAGUUACGUUUGACCCAAUCCUCUCCUUCGACAACCAUAUCCUUUCCACCGUCUCGUCCUGCAAAUCAAGCCUCUGUCAGAUAAAUCGAGCUAAACACGCCUUCAAUAAAAAUCUGUUAGUAACUGUAAUCAAUGCUUUGGUUUUCAGCAAGCUCUACUAUUGUUCUUCACUUUGGUCAAACACUUCCAGCAGUAACCUAUCCCGCCUUCAAGGGGUCCAGAAUUUUGCAGCACGAGUAGUGACGAAUACAAGAACGUUCGACCACAUCACCCCGAUUCUAAAGGAAAUACAGUGGCUUCCCUUGAAAUUGCAUCUCUACUAUCGUGAUGCUCUACUGGCCUUCAAAUGCAUGAAAAAUUGUGCCCCCAACUACUUGUCGUCGCAGUUCAUAACCAGAGGUGAAGUGAGCUCUCGUGAGACACGAAAUGUACGAAGUCUGGAUGUUCCAUUGUACAAAACAGCUGCUGGACAAAGAACAUUCCAUUAUCGAACUGUCACUCUUUGGAACAACAUUGGCCCUGACUUAAGUCGGUGCAAUUCUAUUUCAAACUUUAAGUUAAAACUAAGACAUAAACUUCUCCAACAAUUCCAGGAUAGUUAUUAAGUACUUGUUUUUCAGUAGUUAAUCAAUAAGCGUUGUCGAUGUUACUGUUGUUGUGUUAUCAUCAUCGCUGUCGUUGUGGUUCUUGUUGUUGUUGAUGUCCCUGUCGCAGUUUUUGUGAAAUUGUCCUUGUUUGCUAGUAUAAAUGUGUUUCAAUAAAAUUAAUUAGGACUAAAUGUAGUAAUAAUACAGUAAGUUUAUGUGUUUGUAAUUUUUGUCACUGAAAAGCCCCUUCAGGGGAGUGUCAAUAAUGUCAAUAAUCAAAUAAUCAAAAUAAUCAAAUGUGAGAGAUAUGUGGCAUACAUCUUACAUCUUUCUGGUACUUAACAGAAAUGCAGAUUCAUGAAUGCAAUACUUUAUAGCUUGGUAAAAUUAGAAAGAAUUUCGACUCAGCCACCCGGGUAAUUUAACAAUUGAGCAACAAUUUUAAGCCGGGGUUUUAACACUAGUGAAAUAUUAAAAUCCCUGCUUAUCCCCCCGGGGGUUGGGGUUUCAAUUGCCCAGUGCAUAACAUUGACAAUUUAUAUAAUAUAUAUUUAUAAUGUAAUUUAUACUAUAUAUUCUUCUGUGAAUCAAGCCAAGGAGAAAUUCUUAAGGUUGACAAAGGAAGAUGGACUCCUGAUAGAAAUGGACGAGUCGGAAAAUGAAAAUGCCGAAUCCAUCCCACCCAAAAGGCCCAGAACCCGAGGCAAAGUUAUCGAAUGCUGCAGAAAAAAGGCAACAAAGUCGAACAAGAGAAAGAAAAGUAUAUCCGUGGACAAUGUUAACAAGGAAAACACAUUACCAAAAACGAAAAAGGCAAAGAAGCCAAAACGCAAACAAAAGCUAUAUACCAGAUGGCACAGAAAAGUUACCUUAACUUAAAAACUAAAAGAGCUAUCACACCUAAACUACAUGCAUUGCAUUUAGUAUUGUCUAACUUAAAUUUUCAUGUUAAAUUUUCAUAUACGCCCUGUGCAUUUUCGUGCAAUAUUGACUGAGAGAGCUGCGUUUAAACUUGAAUAAGCAUUUUGGGAAGUGUCAAGAAUUAGAUAAAAACGGCCUGUUAAACUAAUUUGAUAACUGUUACCAUUUUGUCGUAAAUAUUUGUUUUGUAGUGCGAACAUGCACUCCUUGAAGGCAGCCAUAUUGCUGAAUAUAAACAUCCACUUGAUGAAUAAAUUUUUCAUACUUCACUCUAUUUCUAACGACCAAUCAAAUCACUUCUGCCUUGGCUUGUCCCUAGGCUUAUGGCAACACCGGCACCCGAGAAGCCCUGGAAACAAGGAUGACGUAUACAUAUAUAUAUAUAUAGUGUAAAGGGAAAACUGUGGACUGUGGACCGGAUUUGAACCGGUGA